GUUUUUCACGGCCUCGCCUCAGUGAGGCCUGAGAUUCUUUCAAACAGGAGCUUUGCUUCCCAUGACGCACAGCGAAGUGUCGACUGGGAUAUUUCUGGUAAAACUGAAAGCAAGAGAAGCGGGUGUGCCCUUCAGGGGGGUCCUGCCCCGUGGGACUGUGGGUGAGAGUAGGGGGAAUUUGAGUGCCAUCCCCAAGUGACAGAUGGAUGGACCUUUUGUCUGAGAGAAGGAGGAGGCACGUUGGCAAAUCAACCUGAGACCCAAGAUUGCUUCUGAAGCGAUCAUAAAGGAGAAUAAACCACAAAAGCUAGAGAGGAAGAUCAGAGAGGCAAGAAGGGCACGGAUUGUGACAGACUCACCGCUUCACUGGAUACUCACCCAAACUGGAAAAAAAUGUCCCUGAAGUUGCCAAGGAACUGGGAGUUCAACCUGAAAGCAGAAGCUGGGAAAAUAGGAACAAGUCACACCCACAAAGAAGAGAGACUGUUCAAAGGAACUAACAAGGAAAGUUAGUCAAAACCAAGUGAAACUCAAGGCCCACCAGGCUUUCUUCUCCAAUAUUUGAAUCAUCUCAUGAUAGGCCUGGCUGGUACACAAUGCUGAGGGGGCAGAUACUGACUCCCACGCAGGAAAAAGGAAGCACCUUUUUGUCAGAUGCUGCGGCCACUUCCUCUUUAGAAGGCUCCAGCCAAUGUUUCGCUUUGCAGAAUGAGGGGGCCGACAUCAGCUGCUGGACUGCGUCUCGGUCCCAGAGUGUGAUGACUGGCGUGCAGAUGGCGGCCUUUCACUCGUCGUCCACCCUCAACCCGCUGGAAAGGCCCAUCAAGAUGGGCUGGCUGAAGAAGCAGAGGUCCAUCGUGAAGAACUGGCAGCAGCGGUACUUUGUGUUGAGGACACAGCAGCUCUACUACUACAAGGACGAAGAGGACAUGAAGCCACAGGGCUUCAUGUAUCUACCAGGAAGUACCAUCAAUGAGAUUUCCACAAACCCGGAAGAAGCUGGCAAGUUUGUCUUUGAAGUCAUUCCAGCCUCAUGGGACCAGAAUCGUGCAGGACAGGACUCCUAUGUCCUCAUGGCCAGCUCCCAGGCAGAGAUGGAGGAGUGGGUUAAGUUCCUCAGGAGAGUCGCUGGCACACCCUCUGGAGCGGUGUUUGGCCAGCGCCUGGAUGAGACUGUUGCCUAUGAACAGAAAUUCGGCCCCCACCUCGUGCCCAUCCUGGUGGAGAAGUGUGCGGAGUUCAUUAGGGAGCACGGCCUGAAUGAGGAGGGCAUCUUCCGCCUGCCUGGGCAGGACAACCUGGUGAAGCAGCUGAGAGAUGCUUUUGAUGCGGGGGAGCGGCCCUCCUUUGACAGAGACACAGAUGUACACACAGUGGCCUCCCUGUUAAAACUCUACCUCCGAGACCUCCCAGAGCCGGUGGUUCCCUGGAGCCAAUAUGAGGGGUUUCUGCUCUGUGGACAGCUCAUGAAUGCGGAUGAGGCAAAGGCUCAGCAGGAGAUGAUGAAGCAGCUCUCCAUCCUCCCCCCAGACAACUACAACCUCCUGAGCUACAUCUGCAGGUUCCUCCAUGAAAUCCAGCUGAACUGUGCAGUUAACAAGAUGAGCGUGGACAACCUGGCCACUGUGAUUGGUGUGAAUCUCAUCAGGUCAAAGGUAGAAGACCCUGCUGUGAUCAUGAGAGGGACUCCUCAGAUCCAAAGGGUAAUGACUAUGAUGAUUAGAGACCAUGAAGUCCUCUUCCCCAAGUCCAAGGAUUCACCCCUGUCACCUUCUGCCCAGAAAAAUGACCCUAAGAAGCCUCCAGUAGCCCGAAGCUCUGUGGGCUGGGAUGCCAGUGAGGACCCCCCAAUUUCUCGGACAGGCAGCUUCAAUAACACGACAAGCGACUCAGACACAACCAGCCCCACUGGACUUCAGCCAAGUGACGGGUAUCUGGAUGACAGCAGCAAACCCUCCAAGGAAAAGCUAGGAGACUGGAAGCUACAAUCACGAAAAAGGACUCAGACACUCCCUAACCGGAAAAGUUUCUUUACUUCAUCUUUGCAUGGCACCAGCAGCAGCAAAGUGGAGAUCUCUAAAAAUAAACUCUGCUCACCUUCAGAGACCAAAGAAGGGGAAGGGCAUCGAAGAACAAUGUCUCAAGAUUUGCGCCACCUUUCCGACUCCCAGAGGACUUCCACUUACGAUAACGUCCCUGCCCUCCCAGCGUCCCCGGGGGAUGAAGCGAGUGCACCCUCUUCCCAGGCCUAUGACUCCAAGAGAGACACUCUUGCCAGCCCCAACUCUGAAGCUGGGCCUGGAACAACAGACUCUGGAGAAGAGGAACUUAAAUCUUCCCAGAGAAUGGUCCAGGAGCUACAGAAGGAAAUAGAAACACAGAAGCAAGUAUAUGAGGAGCAAAUUAAAAAUCUUGAGAAGGAAAACUAUGACGUCUGGGCUAAGGUGGUGAGGCUCAGUGAAGAACUGGAAAAAGAGAAGAAGAAGUUUGCAGCCUUGGAAAUCACCCUUCGCAAUGCGGAGCGCUCCCGGGAGGAUGUUGAGAGGAGGAACAAGGCGUUGGAAGAAGAAGUCAAGGAGUUUGUCAGAGUGAUGAAGGAGCCCAAGACUGAUGCUUGAGUGUCCUGGGAGUGCCACAGAGACAGCCCGGGAGAGGCCAGCACUGCUGCCUUUCUCAGUGCUACCUGAGGACGUGGGAUAAAAAUUACUUCCUACGAGGGUAACGACAUUUUGGGGAAAACACAGUUUCCACUAAAUAACCCAGUGGAAUUUUCAGGACGAUGAAGGUGAGCAGGUACAUGUGUGGACAACUAUGGCCAUCCUUGCUGUAUUCAAAGGUUGUAUUAUUCCCUGGUGGUCUUGGACAGAGUGAGAUGGAACCUUCCACCACUGGAUGACUAUUUCCAAUGGAGACAUAUGAGGCAGGCCACAUCGCAGGACACAGGCAACAGACCGGCCCCAGCCGGAGGCUGGACUGAGACAACCCCUCAGUUCUUUGUUUUCUGUGUGGAACAACUCACCUAGCCAGAUGGCCUCAGGCCACCUCUGAGACACAGGGACAGAAUAUGAUAUUCAGCUUUCGAGUGUUCACUCGUAAUGUGCUCUGUUUGGGGGACUGCACCUGCUAAAGCCAGAACCUCAUUCUACCACCCCACCACAAUGCACAUGCUCCAGAGGUUGGAAACUCAAUGUUGUCACUAGACUAAGAAAAAACAAGCAACAAAAUUGUAUUUAUGAAGGCAAAAAUCAAUGGGAAAUUUAUAUUCAAAUAAAGCAAAAAAAAAAAAAAAAAAAAAA